UGCAAGGUGCCAGCAUCUAGGUCUGGGAUGGAUUUAGUUCAUUCAGGGAGAGCUGAUUAAAAAACUGAACACUCUAAGAAGCUUGGGAGAUGCAGGAGAUUAGUGUGUGGCAAGAACAAGAGAGCGAGGAGAAGGAUGUUCUUUUCUCUGUUUUUUACAAGACAGUCGAUUGAUGAUAGAGCAGAGUAAAGGAAUCUAAUUUAGGUUAACACUGAAAUCAGCCUCUGGCCAUGCCGGUUCAAUGGCUUGUUUCUUCUCAUGAACCCCAGCAGAAGACAGACGAGCCGGCCCUCACAGUGGAUGGCUUCCCUUCCCUGAGCAAGAGAUGGGAUAGAACCUGGGAUCUGCCAGACACCAGAUUCUGGGCUAAAUAAACCAGCUGAAUGAAGGAAUGUAACAGACCCCUGAGAGGGACACUGAACCCUGCAGUGGGGGGGGAGGGGCCUGGACAUACCCCUUCCCCCCCAGACUCCUCCCCUUCAGAGUCCACUCAGCCAUGGACUUUGGACCUGGAUAAGAGGAGAGAAACUGCACUUUGGUGUAUCUGAUUUGGGAUUCUAAGUUUUGGAAAUGGAGUGCUGGAAGGGGGUUUGGUGAUCUCCAGGGUAGCAGCUAAGAGAAGAGAAGAAAGGUGCAUGGCUGCUUCCUGUUUCCAGAGGCCAGAGAAAGCAUCCCUAGGGCUGUGGAAGUAAACUAGGCAAGCAAAGGGCAGCCUUGAGCCCCACCCUUGCUGCCCUCCCCUGUGGGGGCCAGGAUGCUGAAGAAGCAAUCUGCUGGGCUUGUGCUGUGGGGCGCCAUCCUCUUUGUGGCCUGGAAUGCCCUGCUGCUCCUUUUCUUCUGGACGCGCCCAUCACCCAGCAGGCUGCCCUCAGACAGCGCUCUUGAUGAUGACCCCGCCAGCCUCACCCGGGAGGUGAUCCGUCUAGCCGAGGAUGCAGAGGUGGAGUUGGAGCGCCAGAGAGGGCUGUUGCAGCAGAUCAGGGAGCAUCAUGCUCGGUGGAGCCAGCGGUGGAGGGUGCCCACUGCUGCUCCACCUGCCCCACCGCGUGUGCCUGUGUCCUCCCCACCAGCUGUGAUCCCCAUCCUGGUCAUCGCCUGUGACCGCAGCACUGUCCGGCGCUGCCUGGACAAGCUGCUGCAUUACCGGCCCUCAGCCGAACACUUCCCCAUAAUUGUCAGCCAGGACUGCGGGCAUGAGGAAACGGCCCAGGUCAUCGCCUCCUACGGCAGUGCCAUCACGCACAUCCGGCAGCCAGACCUGAGUAGUAUCACGGUGCCCCCAGACCACCGCAAGUUCCAGGGCUACUACAAGAUUGCGCGGCACUACCGCUGGGCACUGGGCCAGGUCUUCCACAAGUUUAAGUUCCCAGCAGCGGUGGUGGUGGAGGAUGACCUGGAGGUGGCUCCAGACUUCUUUGAGUACUUUCAGGCCACGUACCCGCUGCUGAGGGCCGACCCCUCCCUGUGGUGUGUGUCUGCCUGGAAUGACAACGGCAAGGAGCAGAUGGUGGACUCCAGCAAGCCAGAGCUGCUGUACCGCACCGACUUCUUCCCUGGCCUGGGCUGGCUGCUGCUGGCUGAGCUCUGGGCCGAACUGGAGCCCAAGUGGCCCAGGGCCUUUUGGGACGACUGGAUGCGUAGGCCUGAGCAGCGGCAGGGCAGGGCCUGUGUGCGGCCUGAGAUCUCCAGAACGAUGACCUUUGGCCGCAAGGGUGUGAGCCAUGGGCAGUUCUUUGACCAGCACCUCAAAUUCAUUAAGCUGAACCAGCACUUUGUGCCCUUCACCCAGCUGGAUCUGUCAUACUUACGGCAGGAGACCUAUGACCGAGAUUUCCUUGCCCGCGUCUAUGGGGCUCCCCUGCUGCAGGUGGAAAAAGUGAGGACCAGUGAGCGCAGCGAGCUGGGGGAGGUGCGGGUCCAGUACACGGGCAGGGACAGCUUCAAGGCCUUUGCCAAAGCUCUGGGAGUCAUGGACGACCUCAAGUCCGGUGUCCCCAGGGCCGGCUACCGGGGCAUUGUCAGCUUCCUGUUCCGGGGUCGCCGUGUCCACCUGGCCCCCCCACAGACGUGGGAUGGCUAUGAUCCUAGCUGGAAUUAGCAGCGCCUGCCUGUCCCUCCUGGGCACCUUCCUUGUCAUAUCAUGGGCUGAGAUGGGCUGCAUCGUCCUCUUUGUGUCUCUCUUGGGUACAUUUAUCUUUAUCUUUUGUUUUGUUUUUUCGAGUGGCAUUCAAGAGCACAGAGGAUAGGGUGAGGGUUAAUCUCCUGUUCUUAAGGGGGUCAAGUCAGGGGAAACUUUCUGGGGUACGUUGGGUGGUAUUAAGCAAGAAACCACUGUGUGGUAGGGAGAGACUUGGGCAUGUGGGAGCCACAGACUUCCAUGUUCCAGGUUUUCUCCUAGAGCAUGUGUAGAGAGGUUGGCAGCAUUAGCUCUCUUGACCAGCUCUCUUUUUCCUUGUCCUUGCUCUUCCAACCAGGGUAUGAGCUCAUCCCCUUAUAUUUGCUCCCCAUUCCCACCUUCCCCCAGUUUGAGGGGUUGUUGGCUUAUUUGAAAAGGGGACUUACCUAUGGCCAAAAUGAGACUAACCAAAGGGGUUUCAUCAGAGUCUGGGCGGAGCUGUUAGGCAUUCAGGGUUUAUUGCCACCCACCCUUAUUUCUCUUUACCUGUCUCCUUAUCCCUGACCUCCUUUCUUUCCUUGCAGCUUAGCAGUUUGUGAUUCUAAAAUGAAAAGUUGAAGAGAGAAACAAGACCUCUCCUCAGCUUAUCUGAGGAAUGGAGGGAAAGGUGGUAGGGGAAAGCCUUUGUGUAAUAGGACAUGCCUCCCUCAUCCUGCCUCAAAGAAACAGACUCUGUUCCUGGAUCCUGGCCUUUCUAAAAAUGGAUCCCUUCUCCAUUACUGUAGGAGGUUUCAUGCUGGCUUUUUGGAAGAGAGAUUAUUAGCUCCUUGUGUCCCCUUGUCCCUGGUGUUUGGUGCACAGGCUCCUCCAUGAAGGUUGAGGCUUCUGGUGGCCCUCUCAGGGUAAGGUAGAGCAGCCAAGACAGGAUGGCUCCUGCCUUCCUCUUCUAGCAGAUCCUGGGCAUUCCCUUGUUUGCUCAGAUUAGGAUGAGGAUGGCAGAUUGGAGAGCAAUUUGUGUGUUUUUGCUUCUGGCCUGACCUCAAUUCCUGGAAGAAAGUUGAAGCUACAGAAUUAUUUUCAAAAAUAAAGGCUGAAUUGUCUGAAAAACUGUUUGUAUGUGUGUGUAUUUAUAUGUCCUGGGACAGGAGGAGGAGUAGAGAAGUUGGUGAAGAGUCAAGAAGAAGGAAAAAGAAGGAAGAACAAGGACUGAAGGAAAGGCCUGGAUGGCAGGAGGAAGUGGAUCAGCUAAAGGAAGAAAGCAGAUGACCAGAAGAUGGGAGCUGGGAGGGGUUGAGUGUGAAAGAAAGGCCAGG